AUGGCAGACUUUGCUUUCACCCGUCAGGAAGAUGUCAGAUCUGAAACGACCAAGAUCGUACCUCUGACCUGCCAUGGACACUCUCGUCCCAUCACGCACGUCUCUUUUUCUUCCCUCAUCCCGGCUUCCGCUUCCGCUUCGCAAUUCUACAUCAUCUCGGCAUGCAAGGACAACAAUCCCAUGCUUCGCGACGGCCUUACCGGAGACUGGAUAGGUACUUUUAUCGGCCACAAAGGCGCUGUCUGGAGUGCGAGACUCUCCGAUGAUGCCACAUUAGCGGCCACAGGAUCUGCAGACUUCUCUGCGAAAGUGUGGGACACCUUCACCGGCGAGACUCUGCACACGCUGCAGCACAACCACAUCGUGCGAGCAGUCGCCUUCCCGCCACAGCCUCGUCCUCAGAUCCUCGCCACCGGUGGCAUGGAGAAGAAGCUGCGAGUCUUUGACCUGUCUCGAACCGUGCAGACACCUGUGAAUACUCCUGGUGAGAGUACAACCGCAGGUUUGAAUGGAUCUGCAGAGGCACCUCCAUCGUUCGAAAUAGGAAGCGGCGAGCAUCAAGGUGCCAUCAAAUCCAUCGUCUGGUCGCGAGACCCAAACACCGUCAUCACGGCCGCGGAUGACAAGAAAAUCCGUUGGUACGACUUACGCGCGCGCACCUCAAUCGCGUCACACGAUAUCGAAGGCCUCCCUGGAUCGUGUGAACUGAACACAGGUCUGCCUGGCCACGAAGAAGGCAUCGUCAGCGUGGCAGCAGGCAAAAACAUUUACUUCUUCGACGGCGGUCGUCCAGGCCAGCUCAUCAAACACAUCCAGACGGAGCGUGAGGUUGCAAGUGUUGCUCUCAACGGCGAAGCAAAGCGCUUUGUGACGGGAUCUCCCAACGACACUUGGGUGCACGUCUGGGACUUCGAAAGUGAGCAGGAGCUCGAGACGGGGCGAGGCCACCACGGUCCGGUGUGGACCACAUGUUUCAGCCCAGAUGGAAAGUUGUAUGCAACUGGAAGCGAGGACGGUACCGUGAAACUGUGGAAGUUCACCGAUGGACCGUACGGACUUUGGCGAUAA